AUGCAAUUUGAAGAUAAAGAAGAUGAGCAGAUGGACGAGAUUAGGUCGACGGGAACGAGUUACGAUGACUCACUGGUCAACGACAACUCAAGACGUCCUGCCUAUCGAAGCCCCCCGCUGCCACCAUCGUAUAUGACUACCAUCCCGUUAAGGACAGGUUGUCCAGCUUUUUCGCCGCGCCCCCACCUCAGCGAUAGAUGCUCUUUACUCAUUGUCAGAAACUGCUUGCACAAAACUCUCUCGUCAAUGGCUCGUUACCUCGUCCUGACGCUCUCUCUGUUAGCUCAUUUUCCGAAUCCGGGUAACACCCGCUCUACUGUUAUUUGUAGAAUUAACAAUUCCACUGGGGCGUGGCCGAGUGGUAAGACGGCGGGCUUUAGUCCCUUACAGUCGAAGGUUCGAAACCUUUCGCCCCAGGGGGCCUAUUUAGGCCCUAUCACUCCCCUACUAUAG